AGGGCAGGUCACUCGCGCAGACGCCUCCGCCGGGGCAACAACGUCUCGGUUCCGUCACCUGUUCUGAGGUGGAGGCGACUUGCAGUGCGUUCAAAGUUUCACUUCCAGGGGAGUAACACGAAGGGAAUGGGAGACCGUGGAGUUUAGGAGACGGCACGGGCGCGCUCGCGGAGCAGAUCGCGUGUACAGCAGUGUGCCACGCACGCGGGUCAGGAACUUGGGUGACAGAAAUAACAAAAUAACAAAAUAACAAAGCUUCAAACAGCAGGAACGGUGCCAUCGGAGCACAGAGCCGCGCUCGUCCCGCCACUAUGAAAUUUGCGGAGCACCUUUCCGCUCACAUUACUCCGGAAUGGAGGAAACAGUACAUCCAGUACGAGGCAUUCAAGGAGAUGCUGUACGCUGCCCAGGACCAGGCGCCAUCUAUAGAAGUUACGGAUGAGGACACCGUAAAGAGAUACUUUGCCAAAUUUGAGGAGAAGUUCUUUCAGACAUGUGAGAAGGAACUCUCCAAGAUCAACACCUUCUACUCCGAAAAGCUGGCUGAGGCACAGAGGCGCUUCGCCACACUGCAGAAUGAGCUGCAGUCGUCCCUGGAUGCCCAGCGAGAGAACAGCGCCCCCGGGCUGCGUCACCGCCGCAAAACUGUCUUCCCUCUGAGCAACGAGGAACGCAACCAACACCGCAACAUCAAAGACCUGAAACUGGCCUUCAGUGAGUUCUACCUCAGCCUGAUUCUUCUGCAGAACUACCAGAAUCUCAACUUCACUGGUUUCCGGAAGAUUCUGAAAAAGCAUGACAAGAUCCUGGAGACGACGCGGGGGGCAGACUGGCGUGUGGCUCAUGUGGAGGUGGCCCCCUUCUACACCUGCAAGAAGAUCACCCAGCUGAUCUCUGAGACGGAGACAUUGGUGACCACUGAGCUGGAGGAAGGGGAUCGACAAAAAGCCAUGAAAAGACUGAGAGUCCCACCUCUGGGAGCUGCUCAGCCUGCUCCAGCAUGGACUACUUUCCGUGUUGGACUGUUCUGUGGCAUCUUUGUCGUCCUGACCGUCGCUUUUAUCCUCUCCGGUGCUGUUUUUUUCCGUAAUAAAAACAUCUGGCCAAUGGUGCGUAUGUACCGUGGGGGCUUCCUGCUCAUCCAGUUCCUCUUCCUGCUGGGGAUAAACACGUAUGGAUGGAGACAGGCUGGUGUCAACCACGUACUCAUCUUCGAACUCAACCCUCGCAACAACCUGUCCCACCAGCACCUGUUCGAGAUUGCAGGGUUUCUGGGAGUGCUGUGGUGCGGGAGUAUUCUGUCCUGUCUGUACGCGGACUACACAGGGCUACCCAUGCAAGCCAACCCCCUCAUCCUCUACACGCUCAUGUUUCUUUUCCUCAUCAACCCCAUCAAAACCGCAUACUACAAGUCCCGCUUCUGGCUCCUCAAACUGCUGUUCCGUGUGUCCACGGCUCCAUUCCACCGUGUGGAGUUUGCUGAUUUCUGGUUGGCUGAUCAGCUGAACUCUCUGGUGUUUGUGUUGAUGGAUCUGGAGUAUCUGGUGUGUUACUACAGCAUGGAGCUGCAGUGGGGGGAGGUGGAUGGCCUACUGCCCCACACAGAAGGUGAUGGGAAGUGCCAAAGCUACUCCUAUGGGCUGCGUGCCAUCAUCCACUGUCUGCCUGCCUGGUUCCGAUUCAUCCAGUGUCUGAGACGUUACCGUGACACCAAGAGAGCGUUCCCACACCUGGUGAAUGCUGGGAAAUAUUCCACCACCUUCUUUGUGGUAGCGUUCGCAGCCCUCUACAGUACACACAAAAAACAGAACUAUGUUGAUGCAGAGGCGUUCUUCAUCUUGCUGGUCAUCUUCUCCACUAUCAAUUCUCUCUACACUCUGAUCUGGGAUCUGAAGAUGGACUGGGGCUUGUUUGACCGUAAUGCCGGGGAACACACCUUCCUCCGCGAGGAGAUUGUCUACCCACAGAAAGCUUAUUACUACUGCGCUAUAGUGGAGGACGUGAUUUUGCGUUUCGCCUGGACCCUGCAAAUCGCCUUGACAACCAUGACAGAUAUUCAUGAUGUGGCUGACAUCCUGACCACAAUACUGGCACCACUGGAGGUCUUCAGGCGCUUCGUGUGGAAUUUCUUCCGUCUGGAGAACGAGCACCUGAAUAACUGCGGUGAGUUUCGGGCAGUACGUGACAUCUCUGUGGCGCCUCUGAAUGCGGAUGACCAGACGCUGCUGGAGCAGAUGAUGGACCAGGAGGACGGAGUGCGUCACCGCCAGGGCAAAAAACAAUGGAAGAGGAGCUACAGCCUGUCCCUGCGGCGCCCCCUACUGUCCACCCAGUCCAAGAAGGACACCAAGGUGCUGAUUGAGGACACAGAUGACGAAGCCUUCAGUUAAACCCAGAGAAGGCACCUCACCUCUGACCUCUGACCUCCACACACAACAUCACAGAGCUGCCUCGGCCUCAACACACACACACACACAUAUAUCUCCACAAUGUGUACACAUAUAUACAUUCACCACAGUCUGAGAACAAAGUAGGAGUAAUCAAGCACAAUCAGCACUGAGAGAAAAAACAUUAACAGUAAAUACACACAUUAAUACACAUCAGUACAAAACAAAACACUAACAGUAAAUACACACAUUAAUAAAUACACAUCAAUACCAAACACUAACAGUAAAUACACACAUUAAUAAAUACACAUCAAUACCAAACACUAACAGUAAAUACACACACUAAUACAUGCCAGUACAAAACAGUAACAGUAAAUACACACAGUAAUACACAAUAAAAAAACACUAACAGUAUAUACAAACACUAAUAUACAUCAUUACAAAACACUAACAGUAAACACACAGUAAUACACAUCAGUACAAAACACUAACAGUAAAUACACACACUAAUACACAUCAAUACAAAACACUAACAGUAAAUACACACAUUAACACUCAUGUGAAACACCCACAACACAAUUUUUAUUAGGUUUUUUUUAAUUAAAAUGAUUAGUUUUAAUAGAUUUUUUAAAUUUAAUUUGUCAAUAGCAAGACUGUUUUAUUUGUAUAUUGGUUUAAUUUGUAAUUUUUUUAUUAACAGAUACACAUAUGACUGUUUACAAUCAUAACAACCAAAAUCUGCAGGGAGAAGCGUCAUGCUAUCAGAGUAUCAAAAGACUAACAAACUCUGAUAAUGAUAACACAUGGAGCUGGACAUCAGCACUGGACUAAGACCACAGCUCAUCUGAGGGAACGGUCCCUAGCUUACAGCCUGUUGGUCUUUUCUAUUCCUUUUGUGAUUUCUUUGGUUUUAACGUAAUCAGUGAACAAGCCUCUGAGUACUGAGCAGGAAAAGUGUGAAAAAUAGCACCCCCUGCAGGUGGGAUGGGAGCUCUGCAUCACAGCUAAUCAGCAGAGUGGCUUUUAGCGUCAUUUCCGGUUCUACAUUGUUUUGACUUAAUAGAUGUCAUAUUUUUGUCAUGAUUUAAGAGUGUGUUUAUUGUUCUCAAUUCCCAGAAGCAUCUGGAGUGUCUAGUAAGGUCUUAUUUCCAGAAGCAUCUGGUGUUAAACAUAUGCUGUUUUGCUUUCUUGAAGAGCUGAACCUCCACUCUCCACUGUUGGUGGACAUAAUGCCUGUUCUGGUACAGCCAACCACAAGAGACAAAACACACGCGCUUUAGCAUAGAACUGCAGCUAAGCUGAGAAAUGCUGGAUUAUUUAGUUCCUGUUAAGUUUUAAAGUGUUGCUGUUAUACUGAACAACUAAGGCACAAACCCUUUGGAGGACACUCUUUCCAUCAUCAGAACAGCAGUGAUGUUUUCACUGUUUCUCUGAACUACUGUUCCUGUCUCUGAAUGGUUAAAAACCAACCAAUCAGAAGAGCAAAUCCAGAACCCCACCUCCACACCCACCAUGAUCUAACCCCCGAGCCACCUGCAGACCAUGUGACGACCUGCACUGCCCAAGCACAUGCAGAAUGCCUCUCGCCUUUUAACAUUUGAUAGAUGAUAGAUUUCUUUCUUGGUGCAGUGGCCAACGCGUUAUAUCCCGCCAUCAGACAAACAGAGGCCAAGACAGAGUAGGCGGUCUGGAAUGUUGACAGGGCAGCUGUGUCUGCCCAUGGUUCUGGAAGAUGCACUUGUGAAAACUAAAACUAAAAUUUCCUCUAGUGUCAUUAAGGUGAGAUGACAGGGAUAUUUUUGAGAGUCACUGCUUUCUGCGUGCGUGCGCGCACACACACACACACAUACACACACACACACACACACACACACAAAAGUAAACUGCCACACUCUUCCACACUAGUUUGUCAGGUCUUCUCUCAGCUUUCUGUCAGAAAGCACCUGCUGUUUUAGACUGUAAGUGCUGCCAUAUUUAUCACAGUUCUGUCGUAAUGAUUCGUUGUUUAUCGUUUAUCUGAGGAUAACACAUGCCAUGACUUUGUGUAGCUUUGUGCUUUUUGCUUGAUUUUGUUUGUUUUAUUGUUUUUUUUUAAUGAAUUUUGUAAAUGUUUGCAAGCACAAUCUAUUGGCUAUAAAUGUUGAGUUUGUAAAUGGUGAGUGUGCAAAUGUGUGUGUAAAUGGUGAGCGUGUAAGUGGUGAACGUGUAAAUGGUAAGCGUGUAAGUGGUGAGCGUGUAAAUGGUGAGCAUGUAAGUUCACAUUCUUCAGUAGACCACUAAAGCCACUCUGCAUUUUUUCUUCUCUUUCCUUUUUUUUUUUUUUUUUCUGAACAUGCAGCAGUGGAAGGACAAUAUGUUGAUACUGUCCUCACUGUGCAGUAACUAGUGUUCCUUUAAUUAGUAUCUGCUACCACAAUGUGCACAUGUCCAACUGCGUUGUGAUACAACAGCACCUGCUGUCCCAGAUCCAAUGACCACAUUCUCUCCCAAACUUCCCACAUUAAAUUCCCCUCUGCUUCAUGCUAAUGUAGCCACCAGAGGUUCUUUACUACCAGAACUAAACUGUUGUUUUGGUCCAUUUUGGAGAAAUAGAGGUCAGUGCCCACUACUGCCCCUAGAUUUUCUGUCUCACAUGAACACACACACACACACACACACACGCACGCACGCACGCACGCACUCACACGCACGCACGCACAC